UUGCGUAUGUCGAGAAGUGCGCGCGGACUACGUCUUCCAACUCGGCGGCGUUAUGGCGCUGAAGGUCUUGUUCCUGUCUGUGCAGCGCUCACCCGCGUUUACGGUCCUUCAGCUGCUCACUUUGUGCGUCCUUCUGGUCACAGUCGUCGCGGAGAGGACGCGGGUGUUCGUCACUGUGGUGUACCGCCAUGGCGACCGCUCCCCUGUGAAAUCCUACCCCAACGACCCAUAUCAGGAAAGUGCCUGGCCUCAGGGCUUUGGGCAGCUUUCCCAGAAAGGGAUGCAACAGCACUUGAAACUGGGACAGAACCUCAGGCAGCGCUACCAAGACCUUCUCAACAUGACCUACAACCGACAUGAGAUUUUUGUGAGGAGCACAGACUAUGACCGGACCUUGAUGAGUGCCGAGGUAAACCUGGCAGGGAUGUACCCUCCCAAUGGAUCUCAGGUCUUCGAUCCAAACGUUCACUGGCAACCCAUCCCUGUCCAUGCUGUGCCCCAAGACAAGGACCAGCUUCUCUUAUUCCCUAUGUCUGGCUGCCCCCGUUACGAGGCCUUAAUGAAUGAGACCAGGAAGUCUGAAGUCUUCAAAAACAUGUCCUCUACGUAUAAAGAUUUCUUGGAAAUGGUGCAGAACAAGACCGGUUUGAAGGAUGCCAACAUGGAAUCAGUGUGGAGUGUCCAUGACACCUUGUUCUGUGAGCAAAUGCAUAACAUGACUCUUCCCCCGUGGGUGACACCAGAUGUCAUGGAGAAACUGGGUAUACUCAAAGACUUCAGUUUCCAGGUCAUGUUUGGGGUCUACAAGUCGGAGGAGAAAUGUCGACUCCAGGGAGGUGUCCUGUUAAAUCAGAUCACUAAGAAUAUUUCUGCAUCUGCGGUAACUAAAAACCAACAACUGAAAAUGAUAGUGUACUCUGCGCAUGACACCACAGUUGUGGCACUGCAGUCAGCCUUAAAGGUAUUUAGCGGGAAGCAGCCUACCUAUGCAUCCUGUCACAUGUUUGAGCUCUUCAGGGAGGAUAACGGGUCUUUUUCAGUAGCAAUGUUCUACUGGAAUGACAGCUCCACAGAGCCCUACCCCUUGAUCCUCCCAGGAUGUGUGCAGUACUGUCCCCUGGAGGAGUUUAUACGCCUUACUAAACCAGUUAUCCCAGUGGACUGGAAGCAGGAAUGCCAGGUGCCUUCUGGCUCAAAGGACACAGAGGUGAUCGUGGGACUUGCAGUGUGUGGCUGCCUGCUGUGCAUCCUCAUUGGCCUCCUCCUCACCAUCCUAUGCCGACAACAGAAGUCAUCUCAUGGUUACAGCCAUGUGGGCAACGAAGGGGACGACCAUUCCUGACAGUCAUUUGCUCUGCUUGGGAGGUGGGAUCCAUGGGACAGUGAAGAGAACCUGUGAGCUUCUUCCUUCCCUUCUCAGGAACAUCAGGAAUCCAGCCCAGUUUCUUCUUCCCUUCUGUUCCGUUUCUUAACGGGGACCAUGCUGUCGGUGAUCACAGCCAGAGCAACGUUUGGACGGGUAAUGGUCCAAAACCUGUCCUGCGGUAGGCCUUUUUAUUAAUGCCAGGAGCAUGAUGGGUAUUAACUUUUGGGACUACUGGCUUUGUUGCAUAAUUGCCUUGGAGAAUUAUAUUUUAAUGUUUUUACUCUCAAUAUGGGAUGUACAUAUUUCUUUUUAUCUUAUAAUUCACUCUUACGGAAAAUUUUUAAUUUUCUUGUUUGGGCAUCUGAAGAUAUGGUGGUCCAAACAUACUGUAAUGAAACAGCAGCAUUGCUGUAGCUGUGUAAGAAUAACAGGGUAUUACGGGUUUUUUUUUUUUUGGUACAAUCAUUUUGGCACUAAUAUCAGAACCUUGAUGUCAUUUCUCAAAACUUUAGACACAAAAUUCAAAACGGUCAUUA